AUGGCGCAAAACAACGAGCAGAAGCAGGUACGUUUCUUCUAUAUAUCUAGGGGAUAUUACUAACAUUCUAUACUAGAGCCUGUCCGCCAUGAUGGAUGCCCAUCCAUCAUGUGUCCUCCGAAUCGUCGCUGCCCUGAAACCUCGGCGCCCAACCCAUGUGGAAGCAGACCAAUGGGCCAGAAUAUAUACCGUUGUAAAUGAUAUAAAGGAGAGAACAGUUGGUCUUCAAACAAGCCAAGGGCUUGAUGGAGAAGAAGGGGUAUGAUCAAGAAGGAAGAUGGACGAGGAGAGGCCCCGAGCCCAAGUUCCCACUCCCAGGCCUCGACAUGCCAGUUAUAGAGGAUCCUAGCGGUAACCCGAUUUUCGCUAUUACUACCACGCUUUGUUAG